UUUGGAUUUAGUGCAGUGCAAGCCUAGCUGUUAGAUUCACGUAGCUAUACGAAAAUGGCUUUUCGUCUAUUGAUUGCUUCGUUUAUUGUCCUAGCUCUGUUUGAACUGUGCAGCGCUGGAGGUGGUGGUGGAGGAGGACACAAGAAAGUGAUCAUCCACGUUCCAUUCAAGGUCAAACACAUCCACCACACGCACACGGUGGUAAAACACGUCGGCGGCGGCGGCGGCGGUGGAGACAACGAGUUCUACAAGGUCAUCGGCUACUCCGGAGGCAUUGACGACGGCGAGGUGGUUUCUCACGGCUCCGGAGGAGACGGCGGCGGUUUUGGACAUGGAGGUGGAUGGGACGGUGGAUUCGGAGGCGGCAUCGGAGGCGGCCACGGGAUCGAAAUCGGUCACGCAGGUGAUGUCGGAGGUCACGGAGGCGGCAUCGGGGGCGGUCACGGAUACGCCGCAGGAGGCGGUCACGGAAUCAGCGCCGAAGCCGUUCACGACGUCGGAUCAUCAUCUGGGGGCGGCGGCGACUACAGUUAUGGUGGCGGCGGUUUCGAACACAACGCCAUCUCGAACGAGGGGCACGACUUCAGCGGCGGUUACGGAGGUGGCGACAUUGGAGGAGGCGGUUACGAGGUCCAUGGGGGCGGCGACGACGGAGGCCACGGGGGCUACCACUAAAUGCAAUUUAUUCAAGGAGGGUUUUUCUCCUCUUGUUUUCCCCUUACAAAUGCCAAACUAGUCCUAUUUGUUACUUUUAUUAUUUAAUUUUAUU